AGCCACCCAGCAUCAUCAGGUCUGCUCUGGAGCGGUGAACGACUGGCCUUUCCCCGCCCAGAUAUUUCACGUCUCGCUACCCGAUCAGGAAGAAAAAUGCACUACAAAUCCGGUACAUGGCGUGUUGUUCAAGGCCGCUACGUCUUCGUCCCGGAGAACACUACCUCGUCUACCCAUCAGCCGCCUUCUACUCUGUCUGCUAAAACUUCGACUGCAAACUCCCUUCAGCCUGCCUUCUCUCGUCGACCGAGUGUUCGACCAACAACAAUGACACAAGACCACGGGACACCUUUGUCCAUGAUGGUGAGAGCAUAUACGGUUGCCGCAUGACCUUCGCUAACAUUAAGAAAGGACUAUCUUAACACAGCCCCUGGAUACUGCUUUGAUCUCGGAUACGGGCCAAUGGCAAGCCCCUGGGCAUCUCAUUCAGACUACCAGCGGGACGUCGACCGGUCGACCGCGGGCUUUCAGAGCGUGCCUGAACCCCCUUUUACAUGCAACAUGACACCUGGCGUCUGGCUUCCCGAUAUCUCCUGGACCAGCCACUUUGAGGCCUGCAACUGGUCACGCACCGAGAGCUUCCACACCGAUGGGCACGAGGCCCCCUAUUUCUCCCAGCAUAACGGGUAUCCAGAGCCCGUUGAUAGUCCACUCCAGCUCCCGUCGUCGUCGACGACGUCUUCCUCCCCCAGCUCCGACGCAGGCACCGAGACCAUGGUGGACUUUCCCCUCGCGGGCGUGGCAAUGGCCAUGCACGUGGGCUCGUCGCCACUCCUGGAAGAACCCACCAGCAGCGUCGACGACAGCGACCCCGUCCCCAAGAGGGAGUACAUCGAACCAACGGGUCACCGCCCCCGAUCCACUCCGAGUCGCAUAUCACCCCUCGGUGAGGACGCGCGCCACAGGAGGGACCAAGUCCUGCUCGACGGCCGCCGGGCUGGCCUGACAUAUGCCGAGAUUAAGAAGCGUCACAACCUGUCCGAGGCCGAGUCGACCCUGCGCGGACGCCACCGCACCCUCACGCGCAAUCCAGAGCACAGGGUCAGGAAGCCCCAGUGGACCAGGAGGGAUGUGAGUGUGUCCGCCCCCCGCGCGUGUGCCCGAGUACCCGGCCUGACCGCAUAGGGAACAGCUUGCGUUGCUCAAGGAGGCCAAGGGCUCAUGCCAGAUGAAGCUGUGGUCCGAGGUGCAGCAGCAUCUCGAGGCGCAGCGUGCGUCGUACCCAUUUGGGGCGAAUGCGUGCAGUAGGAAAUGGGAGGAGGUCAACA